UAGGAAUAUAAACACUAAGCUGUACUGUAUUUUCAGGUCUUUUGUCUGUUUACCUAAUUACCUGAAGGCACACAUAUAAUAACCAACCACCACGGUAGUCUACACAUACGUCAUAAUUAUGUGAUACCUACCUAAACUCAUUAUUUUUAUUUAACCUUCUAUUAUCCAAAAUUCCUACCUCUAAACCAUUACUAAGCCUGUAUUACACCUAUAACGAAUUUAUGCCAGAAAGGAGUGUUUUUUUCAGGCUUCACCAUGAAAACCUAUAAAGUGUGCCCUGAUUUUAACUUGUUGUAUGAGAGUUUUUCACCUCAGUUCCCUAUGAUCAAGGGGCAUCCACAAAAGGGACUAGCUCACAAGACACGCCAAGUACGCGCCGCGCUAUUCUCCGCCGCUCCUCAAAAACCGCACAACUCUCCCAAAGAGUGCUUCGUGCGAGACUCCAUGGCUUUCGUGCUUCUCCUGGCGUGCGUGGGCGGCGUGGCGCCCGUGCGUGUGGGGCGGCGGGGCGGGCGCUGGACCGUGGCGGGGUCGCGGGGGAUGCGGGCGUAUGGCUGCUUUGUGGUGCCGGCUAUGGGUAAGAUUCUGGUAGUGUGGGAAGAGUCAGGAAGCCAAGCGUGGAAAGGCUAAAUUGGAGGACGCUGGUGUCUGGACUGUUACGGGCUGGGUGUUUCAGUGUGAAAGCAGAAUUCAGCAAAUAUUGUUAAUAAGAAUAAGUGGCAGAGAAAGCACGUAUAGGUACUGUAGCACAGUAU